ACUCCCUGCUGAAGGAGUCGUUCUGGGAUCUUACUAAAUACCUAUCUGAUGAUGACGCCUGGAAUGACGACCUCGUCAAAGUUCGCGUUAUUUUCCGCUGGAUUACGUCAUACAAUGUCAAGAAAAUGAAGAUAACAGAAACCCCGCCCCCUAACACGCCCUUGGAGUACAUCAGCAAAAUCCAGAGUGGGUUCGGGAACCACGCCCAGCUGUUCUUUAUCAUGUGCCAAUUGCUAGACAUCCCAUGUGUGGUUGUGGAUGGAAUGACAAAAAGCAAAGUGUACACGGUGGGGGAUCCGAUAAACAGAGAGGAAAUGGGCGCUCAGUGGAAUGCGGUGUACUUAAAGGACGAGUGGCGCUUGAUCGAUCUGUUUUGGGCCACUGAAUGUGUGGAGGUGGACUCGGGGAAAGACGAAGAAUACGACGAAAACGGAGAUUUCCUGGAGCAAGAGUCAGUCGACGAGCGCAACGACGAAAGCGCUGAUACCAUAUCGAAGGCCUCUUUUAUUCGGUACCAACACAAUGAGGAAGUGGACGAGCAAUAUUUCUUGCCGGAUCCCCGCCAGCUGAUCUGGACGCACUUUCCAGACGACCCCAAAUGGCAACUGAUGAGAACCCCAAUGUCUGAGAAGGAUUGGGAGGAUCAGUUGUAUGUCAGAGAACGCACUCACGAGCUGGAGCUCAGCAUUAAGCGCAAUAUGUACGGGAAAUGUAUCGUAGACGCCAAGGAAGGCAAAGCUGACAUCACCAUCUGGUUUCCAGAGAAAAAAGGACAAGGGUAUGAAUUCAAACAUUCCUUCAAACGCAUAGAUAAGUCAGAGGGACGAAGAUCUAUUGAUAAAAUUCUAAACAGAUUUACUAUUUUCGAACAACACAAAGACAGAAUCCAUUUUAAAGGCAUGUUACCGGUGGCCGGCAGAUUCUACUUGGACUUUUACGGAAGGGACACACAUAGUAAAGACCUCAGUGUAUUUGAUUUGCUUUGCACCUACAUCAUAGUCAGCACUACUCCAGAUAAAGAACCGGAACCACUCCCGGACUAUCCUCGUAUUGGCUGGGGAGAAUGUCCACGCUCAAGAAAACUUAAUUUGAUCCCCAUCUCCCAUAAGGAAGCUUUCAUCAUCACAGAAGAUGGAAUCCUCGACAUAAGAAUGCAGGGGAGUGAUAGAUUACGACUGAAAAUCAAAGCGAAGAGUACAAUAAUCGACGAGGCAAACCUGGUGAAAUAUGUCAUGAUGCACUGGCACGCUGGAGAAUAUCUGAUCCAGACCAGACUUCCCAGACCGGGUAAAUACGCCCUCAAAUUGUACGGCCUCAUGGAUCCUAACGCUACAGAGAUGGUCAAUGUUUAUAACUACAUGAUAACGUGUACCGGUCGUAGUGUAAAGAAUUACCCCUUUCCAUGCUUUGCACAGGACAAGCUUGGUGAAGACUCAAAUGCGUACAAAAUAUGGGUGCGAGGAUUUCAAACAGAAACAAGUUUCAUAGAAGCUAAGGAAGGGCACAAAAAAUUAGAAUUCGAAGCAAAGGAUGGUAUUUUGCUACAGUGUGAACUGAAUACAAACAACCCUAUAGCAGCAGAGCGCAUGCGUGUCAUUACCCGAGAAGAAAAAAAUCACCAGUGUUAUUAUUUAGAUCUUCCGGUGGAAGGGGAGUAUUCAUUCAAUUUGUACGCCCACAAGAGAAGCAACAACCAAAGACUGCAUAAUGCCUUUUCUUACCUCGUUCAUUCAAAUGGACGACCUAUUGAGAAGGGACAAACAAAUACCACCAAAGGAAACACUAUCAGGAAUUUCUGGAAAGAUUGCAAUGAAAUAACAACAGAAACCAUAGUGACAAAAGAAAACGAAGUCCUUCUUCCAGUUCCGAGAUGCAUUGAUAACCUCUUAGCCUUUCUCGGAAAACGAAAAUCGGAGGAAGCACCGAGUACUAAGUCAAUAGAACGCACAAUAGAGAAAGAAAUAGAACUGUAUAGAGUGAAGGUCCCCGAGGUGGGGGAAUACGUCUUCACUAUUUAUGAGAAAAAGGAGGCAGGCUUCAUGAAGAGCAGGGCUAGAUACCUGAUCCGCAAGGUUGAAGAAGACGACGAGGUUAAUGAGGACCACGACUUCCUGGAGGUGCUGAGUAUCAUCCGUGACGAGCGGAAGAAAGACGGGAAGAGAGUGACGGAAGCGGAAAUACAACUGCAAAACAACAAGAGGAUGAUGCUAGAGCAACCUACAGUACACGAGCGAAUCGCUCUUUCUCAAAGGCUGAAGUCGGCCAUCAAUGCUCGGAGACCCGCCCAGUUGAGGAAAGCUCUUAACGAGUAUAAAUACAUUAAACCGGCCCACGGGGACGACCUGUUGGUGGACGGAAGUAGACUCCUCCGAAAACUUGAGGCCCAGGAAGGUUUGAUCAAGGCGUACGAAGAUCAAAAUCUAGAGGAACUAGAGAAAGCAAUCAUCAAGGCCCGGGCAGUAAAUGACCCGUCUAUGAAACAGCCCCUCAAUUUGGCCUCAAGAUUAAAGGAUCGCCUGGCUGCUAAAAAUAACCUAAGAGACAUGCUUCUCAACGCAGACGUCAGAACCAUAUACGAACUCCGAAAGUUGGUUCAUCCGCCAGAUGGCGUGCAUCAGGCCAUCAAAGCUGCAUUGAUUCUUUUGGAUUCCCCGCGCAAUGAAGUUGAGGACUGGAAGAGAUGCAUGGCCCUGCUUGGCGACAGAAGUCAGGACGGGUUGCGGUACAAGAUGGCGGAACUCAGUCCUAAUGACGUCACCAGGAAAAACGCACUGGACGCCAAAAUUACAAUAGAACCAUACACGGCGGAACAACUCAGAUAUAUAAGUCCCGGAGCCGCAGCCUUCUAUCUCUGGAGCGAUCAAAUGAUAAAGGAAGUGGAAGCAAACAGUGGUGUAUUGAAGAAAAAGCCUCCAAAGCCCAAAACGCCGCCUCCACCCCCGCCCCCUAAACCAUCACCCCCGCCAGAGCCGCCCAAGAAAAAGGAACCAUCAAAAAAGUUUGUGACAUUAGAUAAACUAAUGAAAGAGAAAUUUCCCAUGGAUCCGGACCCUAACGCAAAACCGAAACCAAAACCGAAACCCAUCACUCCAGCGCCAUCGCCCACAAAGACCGACGAUGCGACGAGCUCAAAUAAUUCGUACGUCGGUCGACAUCAACAACGAAGUAAUUACUAUGCUAAGAAAAACAAAACUCCAAGGACAAAUUUGAACGGAGUCCAAAGUGACAGUCCAGUUUCCAAAACUCCCGCGAAUCCUGCCUCCCCAAUUGAUAACCAAAACAAUCCCAGCAAGUCCGUAUCACCGGAUAGAAGGCGACCUAAAGAUAAUAACCGAAAAGAUCCGAAAGGAUCACGGCCAUCAGAAAACCCUGAGGAUAACAAACUGAACAAGCCUAAAGAACAUAAGAAUGCGCAGAAUAAACCUGCACCAAAUAAAACUGCAACAAAUACUCAAAACAAAGGGAAACCGACAAAGCACCCACCUGAUGUAAGUCCUGAGAAAGCUGAGCCGCAGGGUAUCCAGCAACCCGAAUCUCCCGCCAAAAAACCACAAAAAGACGACAGAAUCGACAGUCGUGGUUAUUACAAAAAUUUCAAAGCAGAACAAAUUUUGAAUCAGACCUUCGAACCCCCGGAUAUUCUACAGAUAAAUCACGACACGGAUCCGGUGGAUGAUCCGCCAGAGUCCCCUGAUCCAAAAGGAUACCAAUCUAUUUAUCAAAAAAGAAAACAUUUUAAUGAAUUCAAAACUUUACCAAAGCAGACGGUGUGAUCAUGUUGUGGUCUGUAUUGUUUUAUUGUGUUUGUAUUUAAGUGUUCGAAUAAAGUGAAACUACGUCUU